UAAAAAGUAUUUGAAUACGGAUAUUUUUAUAUGUUCAGAAGAAUUAUCUGCCUCUUGGUCGGGACAAACUCCCGGUUGCGACUUCCAUUUCUAUACCCACCAGGGUCCUGAGACAGUCAGUUAAUUACACGAAGCGACUCCCGUCUGACCUCCGUGACCAUGUUAACAUGACAAUUUAACCCAGAUUGGAUCAUUUUGUUGCUCAAUGUUCCGCGGAAAUGCUUUGUCAACCAUAGAGUGUUAUUAUAAAUAAAAAUACAAAGUCAAGAUAUCAUUCGAAUCAGAAUUGACAAAUUAAUGAAGAAAACAUUGAAGAAUAAGUGACAAAAUUCAUUUAAAAUCGUGAAACGACAUGGGUAUUCUCUGUCAGAUCAAUUUGUUCAAACCGCCUGAUGGCGUAUAUACCGCUGGCAGUUCUAUACAAGGAAUAAUUAAAUACGGCGUAGACGAAGUUACGGUGUUCGACAAGAUCACAGUCUCAUUAAAAGGCCAAGGUAAUUUAAUUGUUGAGGAACAACACGAGAAAAACAACAGUACAUAUAGUGAAAAGGAAGUGUAUAUAGAUGACGAUGUUAUUGUCACUAAUGAGAAGGGCAUAGCUCACGAAAUAGGCAUGUAUCAAACCAGAUUUGAUUUCCAACUGCCCGAAAACAUACCAUCUUCGUUUCACUACCGCGGGAGAAACACUAGUUUCGUAGUUAGAUGCGACAUCAUUUACUACGUAAGAAUAAAAUUCGAACGACCUGGAUUUUUACAAUUCACAAAGCGUUUUAAGAAGGAACUGACUGUAGUGUCAAUGUUGAAACCUACUUUGCCAACCGAACCUACAAUUUACGGGGAGCAAAAGAAACUAUUUCAAUUAUUUUCGAGUAAAAGAAACAUUGUCGACCUAAAAGCUAAUAUACGUAAAUCUGUUAUACCUACUGGGGGUAAAAUUGAGUUAGAUUGUGAAGUGACAAACGACACUGACGUUAUUAUAAAAGGAAUUGAAGUUAAACUUGUAGAAACUCAUAAAUUCAAGACAAGCGCCAAAGACGUUACAUUUAACAAAGAUGUCGUCGAUACAGAUACAAAAACUGGUUCUAUUAAAAGUGAUGAGACGAAAAUUCAUGAUAUUGUUAUAAACUUACCCACGGAUGCUUCUACUUUGGUGUUUUCAAAAAUUGCAUUUAGGAAUUACGCAGUUCGAAUUACCGUACAAUUACCUUUUCCUCAUAUAAAUGCAGUAUUAGACAUACCGGUAGAAAUUGGUGAUUUAAUUCGAGAUUCAGAUGUAGUUGAUGACGUGAAUGAAGAUACACCAUCGGAUUAUGAGAACCCGCCUCCGUAUUGGGUGGCAAUGGGAGAAAUGACGAACAAGGAAGAGUUUUAUAGUGAAAAGUGAUUAUAUCAUAAUAAAGAACACAACAGAUUAAAAA